AUGAAUAUUCUCAGAUUAAGGUGGUCAAUAUUCCCGGGAGAGUGUGGUGAUCCCGCCCUUGGGGGACUCCCGCCCUGGGGACUCCUGCCCCUGGGGACUCCUGCCCCUGGGGACUCCUGCCCCUGGGGACUCCUGCCCCUGGGGACUCCUGCCCCUGGGGGACUCCCGCCCUGGGGACUCCUGCCCCUGGGGACUCCCGCCCCUGGGAACUCCCGCCCCUGGGGACUCCCGCCCCGGGGGACUCCCGCCCUGGGGACUCCUGCCCCUGGGGACUCCCGCCCCUGGGAACUCCCGCCCCUGGGGGACUCCUGCCCCUGGGGACGCCCGCCCUGGGGACUCCGGCCCCUGGGGACUCCCGCCCUGGGGACUCCUGCCCCUGGGGACUCCCGCCCUGGGGACUCCCGCCCCUGGGGACUCCCGCCCUGGGGACUCCCGCCCCUGGGGACUCCCGCCCCUGGGGACUCCCGCCCCUGGGGACUCCUGCCCCUGGGGACUCCCGCCCUGGGGACUCCUGCCCCUGGGGACUCCCGCCCCGGGGACUCCUGCCCCUGGGGACUCCCGCCCUGGGGACUCCUGCCCCUGGGGACUCCCGCCCUGGGGACUCCUGCCCCUGGGGACUCCCGCCCCUGGGUACUCCCGCCCCUGGGGACUCCUGCCCCUGGGGACUCCCGCCUUGGGGACUCCUGCCCCUGGGGACUCCCGCCCUGGGGACUCCUGCCCCUGGGGACUCCCGCCCUGGGGACUCCUGCCCCUGGGGACUCCUGCCCCUGGGGAACUCCCGCCCCUGAGGACUCCCGCCCUAGGGGACUCCUGCCCCUGGGGACUCCCGCCCUGGGGACUCCUGCCCCUGGGGACUCCCGCCCUGGGGACUCCUGCCCCUGGGGACUCCCGCCCUGGGGACUCCUGCCCCUGGGGACUCCCGCCCUGGGGACUCCUGCCCCUGGGGACUCCCGCCCCUGGGAACUCCCGCCCCUGGGGACUCCUGCCCCUGGGGACUCCCGCCCUGGGGACUCCUGCCCCUGGGGACUCCCGCCCUGGGGACUCCUGCCCCUGGGGACUCCCGCCCUGGGGACAGUUGUCUCAGGGGUGACCACUCCCCGGUAUCCGGCCACGCUCGGGUAA